AUCGUAUUUUCUAUUUCGUUUCUCGCGAGCGGUACAUAUAUUGUAGUAUACAUACUGUAGGUAUACCUAUCUACUUGUAAUGCUCUGAUUCACUUGGUCGUUCUGGCCAGUCAGGCUUUAUCGUUGCUCGGUGUAUACUAACUUCCUGCUUUCCAUUGCAACCUACCUAAAUUCACAAAAACAACAUAGCUACGUAGUCGGAGACGGUCAAGGAUUUAUAAACUCAAUCGACUCUAUCGAGUUGCAAGAAAACCGCGAUUGGCUAGUGUCGACUGUCGCCGUCUAUUUCUAUUACUUAAUGACCUUUUACCCUAUAUUUCUAGGCUUAUAUCAGUCCCCUAAAGAUGGGGAGUCGGAUAGUCGUAUCCUCAGAAUCCUAGAUUUCAAGAUUGUUAUUUACUCAUCAUGUAUGACAUUGAUAUAAAUCGCCGUUGUGACAUAUUAAGUGCGUGGCUUGCGCUGUAGUAAUAAUAAUUGCGAGAUGAGAUAGAAAUAGUUGAGCGGCAGUGGUGCGAGAGGGACGGGCGAAGCGAAAGAGGUCGGCGCGCGGGCCGCGGGCGACGGGCUGCAGUCGCCGAUCGCUAGUCGAGUAGUCUGUUAGUGAUUGCACAGUGAGACGAGUGGGCAGUCAGCGUCCGCUGCCACGUCCUUUCGCUUCGCAGUGGGCUUUUUCGGGGUGAAAGUGGUGUGUGCAGUGCGAUGCGGGAUGUGCCGCCAUGGACGGAUACUUGAACAUACUGUUCACUUGGCUCUCCACACUGCUCAAUAAGUUCUAUCUCACGAAAGGGCGGCGUAAAGAGCGCGAGGGCGAAGGCGACCCGAAGCUGUAUCUGCAGGAGGCGCUGCUCGAGCGUCAACUGCCCGAGCUGGACCUGAGGCAGCUCGUGGAACUGCCGCGAGGCCUCGACCUCAACGAGUGGCUGGCCUCGCACACGCUGCCGCUGUUCGAGCACGUCAACCUGCUGUACGGCACCGUGUCCGAAUUCUGCACGGCGGCCGGCUGCGGCGACAUGGCGGGGCCCGGCGGCCGCGUCUACGCCUGGUACGACGAGCGCGGCAAGAAGACGCGGCUGGCGGCGCCGCAGUACGUCGACUGCGUGAUGACCUUCGUGCAGCGGACCAUCCACGACGAGGCCGUGUUCCCCACCAAGUACGCCAACGAGUUCCCGCCCGGCUUCGACGCGGUCCUGCGACGAGUGCUGCGCCUCCUGUACCACGUGCUGGCGCACCUCUACGCCGCGCACUUCCGCCACCUGGCGCUGCUGCGCCUGCACAAGCACCUGCACCUGACCUUUGCGCACCUCACCGCACUCGACCGCCGCUACGCGCUGCUCGACCACAAGGAGACCGAGGUGCUGCGUGACCUGGAAGUGGCGCUGCGCCUGACGGAGCCCGACGAGGCUUCGCCGAGGCGCCGUUCGCCGGUCGUCACGCAGCCCUCGGCCUCGGCGUGAUUCAUUGUUAACUCUUGUAAAUAUUUCGCUCUGUUAAGUAGUUCUAGGAGAUGACUAGUUUAUAAAUUUGUGAUUGCUUUGGUUGUAAAUAAAAGUGAUAUUUGUUUAACUAAUAAACUGAAAGCUUUA